AUGCAAAAGCCGAUAGGGGUCUUCCGAGGGAUAAUUAUUGUGGCUUUUGUCGCCUCAAGUAUGGAUUUUGCUAUUUGGGAUGUAUCACCUCCUUUGAGGCCAGCCCGGAUCCGAAUUGUCCGUCCUACUGUCAGAAAGCCGAGGACAGUUGCCUUGCUGCUCAAGAUGCAAUUUGCAGUAGAGUCAGAGGAGAUAUCCCAGGAUGACAUGGAUGAUGAUAACGUUGAGGUAGUAUUUCAGGAAGAGCUGCCGCGACGGACUGUUUCAGCAACUGAUUCUUUUCUUGAAAACCCUAGUUCAGAAAAUGUCCCGAAUGAUGCUUCUUCUUUAUAUGCUGACAAGGCGCUCUUGGUUGGUGAAUUCGCGAAUGAUGGUGAUGUUGGGAGGGUGUCCAACGAUCGGGAAGAGGUCCAUGUUGAUUAG